AUGCGGAACGCGAUCGUGGGGGGGGGUGAUCCGAGAUGGUGUUGUCUCUCUCCUCCGCUCGCGCUGACGCCCGUGGCGACUGACUUCGCGUCGCUUUUGAGCCUUCUGGAGGUCGAACCCGCGCGAGACGACGGCGAAAAUACCAAAAAUCAGCCCGAGCCCGAACCCCCGCCCGAGGCGCUCUUCCCGCGAUCGGACUCGCUCAGGUCGAUCAACUCGGGCUCGUCCGUGGGGUCGAUCGUACCGAUCGACGACCUCAUCGCGCGGAGCGUGGACGACGGGAUGACGCGUCGCGGCGAAGACGACCUUCGCUCGCGCUCGAGCCUAAGCCUGGACGCGCUCUGGUCUUGCGGCGGCGGCGCCGCGACGCUCGACGCGGACGCGUGGUACACGACCGCGGGGAGGAAGAUCGCCGCGCCCGCGUUCAACCCGUCCACGCCGAUCAAUCGACGCGCGAUGUUCACCGGGGCGUCGAACGCGCUGCCGAGCGCGGCGGAGGUGAUGCGGACGUUGCGGUGUCUGGACGAAGCGCAGCGCUCUUACGGCGUCGUCGCGUGGUGA